AUGCAACAGAUGCAGCAGCAGAAUCAGAUGAUGAUGCAGAUGAUGCAAGGUAUGCAGCGACAACAACCUCCUGCUCCAGUUCCCGUUCCUCAAGCUCCAACAGGGCCAGAUUUUUGUGCUUUCUUCAGAAUGGAUCCUCCAGAGUUUGCAGGUGGCUUAGACCCGGUGGUAGCUCAUGAUUGGUUGGCUAGUAUGGAAAGGAUAUUCCAGGAAAUCCAGUGUAAUGAAGAAGAGAAAGUGAUCUUUGCUACGCAAAAGAUGAAAGGACCGGCUCUUAGGUGGUGGAAUACCGCGUCUACCUAUUUCACUACCCAAGAGAUCCCUAAGGACUGGCAUCAUUUCAAGGCGGCAUUUCUGGAGAAGUAUUUUCCUAACAGUGUUCGGACCCAGAGAGAAAGAGAGUUCCAGAACUUCAAGCAAGGCAACUUGUCAGUUUCUGAGUAUGCUGAGAAGUUUGAAGACAUAGCUGAUUACUCACGACAGGCUGUCUAUGCCCCUGAUGAGUUAUGGAAGAUUGAUCAAUUCUUGAUGGGUUUGCGGGCUGAUAUUGCUCAUAGUGUGUCCCAGAGGGAGUUCACUACUUAUGCUGAAUGUUUGAGACAAUGCUAUGUUGCGGAGAAUAGUUUGAAGAGGGUUCAAGAGGAGAGGAACCAGAAUAGAACUAAUUUCAGAGAGCAAGGAAGAUCGGGCCAGCACCUAAAGCCCCGUAACUCUCCAUCAAAGAAGAAGCAAGGCUAUGGUGACCAAUCUAAUCGACACCCUUAUUGUGACAAAUGCAAAAGAAGACACCCUGGGGAUUGCAAGCCCACUUAA